UUCUCAACUUGAUAUGAAAAUAUAAAGUUUUUUGUGUUGUACGGGAAGCAUCACGAGAAUCACGAAAGAAGAUUACACAAAAAAAAAAAUAAAAUUGAAAAAAAGUUAAUAAUUGAAUAAAUUAAAAAGACUGUUUGAAUUAUGGGAGUGGUGUUUGUUUUUCUCGUUUUCCUCGCCAUUUUUACCGGACUUAUGUGUCUGGCGAGGAACUAUCGAAAAAUUAUGCUGAAUAUUCCAGCUCCGGAAGCAUUGCCAAUUAUUGGACAUGCACAUCUUAUGAUUGGAUUAAAUAAUGAAGAACAACUCAAGUUAAUCACUGAGCUGUGCUUCUUGUAUCCGAAUUUAGUAAAGAUCUGGUUCUUCCACAUUAUGGGAAUUAUUGUCAAUAAUCCUGAAUUGAUCCAGAAAGUAUUUAAUGCUGAAGUUUGCAUGGAGAAGCCUUACAUUGCUUACAGAUUAUUCAACUUAGAUAAUGGAUUGUUGUCAGCAAGAUAUUCACGAUGGAAGCAUGAUCGUCGAUUCUUUAACAAUUCCUUUAAACUUUCAACUCUCCAAACCUUCAUUCCAAUUUUCAUCGAAACUGCUGAUAAGCUAACAAGUGAAAUUACAGGCUAUGUUGAUGGAAAUCCAUUUAAUAUUCUCGAUCAUACAAUUCGAUGCACGCUCAAGAUGAUCUGCUCGACCUCACUUGGAAUGAAGAUUUCUGAUGCUGAAAAUGAUGAGACAUUCAACAAAGUCUUUCAUGCUGUCGAAUACACAUCGGAGUCUGCUGCAUUAUUACAAAAUAAACCGUUGAUUUAUCCUGACACAAUUUACAAGAUUACACCUCGUUACUUUGAAAAUGAGAAGCAAGGUCAGUUUUUGGCUGACUUCCAUCAAAGAAUUAUUGACGAGAGACGAGCUAUAUUGAGGAACAAUAAUAACAAGACAGAUGGAGUUUCUGGUGAUAGCAGCGAUCCUGGUUACAGUAUUUUCAUCGACCACAUCUUGAAUAAUGAAGGAAUGUUCACUGACCAAGAAAUUCGCGAUCAUAUCAUCACUGUUCUUUCAGCUGGUUAUGAAACAUCAGCCACAGCAACAGCCCAUUGUAUCCUCCUUCUCGCACAACAUCAAAAUGUCCAAAACAAACUUGUCGAAGAAAUCAAUGAAGUUUUCGGAGCUGACGAAGAAAUAAAUCUAGAAUCACUCAGCAAACUUCAGUACAUGGAACGUGUCAUAAAAGAAACUUUGAGAAUUGCUCCUGUGGGUCCAGUCAUCUUCCGAGAAACAAUGGCUGAUUUUGAACUUGAAAAGGGAUUGAUUAUCCCAAAAGGAACAACUUUUAUUCUUAAUAUUUAUGCCUUACAUCGUAGGAAGGAUAUUUGGGGAGAAAAGGCUGAAAUUUUUGAUCCUGACAACUUUUUGCCGGAGAAUGUUGCAAAAAGACAUCCUUGCAGUUUUAUUCCGUUUUCAACAGGACGAAGGAAUUGUAUAGGACACAGAUACGCAAUGAUAUCCAUGAAAAUCAUCCUCACAAAACUCCUCAGAAACUUUAAAUUCUCAACAGACCUAAAAUAUGAAGACAUGAGAUUUAAAGCUGUUCUUACACUCAAAUUAUGUACCGAGCAUCUCGUAUCAAUUUCCAAUAGAUAUUAAGAUCUCUAUCAUUUGACAAUUAAGUUAAUGAAAUGGGAAGAAAAAAAAGCUUCAAUUAAGUCUAAGUGAUGAUGAUGAUGAGAAAGAAAGCAAAGAAGAAUGAAAAGAGAAUGGUGCGAAGUUGAUGAUUAAUGAAUGUGAUUUUAAGAUUAACGAAUGAAAGGAAAAGUAUUGAGACAAUACUUGUGCUUAAUUUUCUUAGAAACUUGAAACUUCUUUUUUUUUGUAAUGUUAAGAAAUUUCUUUAUGCUGCUUUGUAAUUUAUGAGAUCUAAAUCUCGUGCUUUAUUGCGUAUUUUUGGGACCAUGCUUUGUAGUUGUUAGUCAUUCAUAUUAUGCAUGUGGAACUAAUUUGUAUUAUGUAUGAAAAAAAGUUAUUAAUAAAGACAGA